UAAAUAAAUCCAUAAAAAACAACUCAGUUUCAUGCGCCCUCAACCAGUUGAGACUAGAUUCGCUGCCUGUUCUACGAACUUUCCAGAAGACAACUAUCACUUUUACUCUAAAGAAUGACCAUUUUCUUCAUCUUGAUCUUAAUCUUCUUCUAGUUUCGUUUCUCAAUCCACUGUUCCUGAGAUAUCGCAUGGCUCACGAUAGCAUCGGUACCGAUUCACCUCUCUCUCGUCGUAUAGUUCGUGCUUUCCUCCACUUCCUCAACUCUGUUGAGCCGGGUCCUGGGAUUGAUGCUGAGGGGAUUGAGGUUGCUAGAGACUGUUUGACAGAGGCUUUUAAGCUGAAUUCAUCUCCUGUGGCUGGUGAUACUGUGAAAACUGAUUCAUUGAUUGACAUAUUCAAGUCUCUUGAAGCUAACAAGCAAUGUGAAACUAGUAAGUCAGACGUUGGUCCUCGACCGGAUUCUGCAGCUGCUGCUUCCAGUUCAUUCUCGGGUGAGAAUCCUGCUUGUGUGAAGAAUCAUUCUGAGGCGUCAAAAUCUACGGAUGAAGAUUCAACACAGGGCGCUCAUGUUUUUGGUUUUUAAGAAAAGGGUGCAGCCAGUGCUUGUUGUGGUGCAAUGGGCAAUGCUUGAGGGCCCCAUUAGCGAGCUACUGUCUAUGAUUUUCUCUUUUGAAGAUUAAUUUGAUA